UCAGCUUCAGCAUGGAGUUUGGGCCUGGACGAGCAACAAAGAUGACACAGGGAGAAGGUUUGGACCAGGAGCACAGCAGACCAACAUGGAGCAGGCAGAUAGAGUUCACUCUGGCCGGCAUCGGCUGUGCUGUGGGCCUGGGGAACGUUUGGAGGUUCCCUUAUCUCUGCUACAGGAGUGGAGGAGGUGCCUUCCUGGUACCCUACCUGCUCAUGCUGGUGGUGUUGGGGAUCCCUCUGCUGUACAUGGAGCUCACUGUGGGCCAGUACACCAGGAGAGGGCCCGUCCACGCUCUGGCUAGUGUUUGCCCUCUGCUAAAAGGAGUGGGCAUGGCAUCGGUGGCCAUCUCCUUCAUUAUGUGCACCUACUACAACAUCGUCAUCACCUGGGCCCUGUAUUACCUCUUUAGCUCCUUCCAGGCUCCUCUUCCCUGGGAAAACUGCAACAACACCUGGAACACGGCAAACUGCACCAACCAUGCCACAAACAGCAGCUACUCCUCCACAGCCAGCCAAGAAUUCUUCAAAUUCAAAAUGCUCGACCAGACCAGUGGAGUAGAGGAGGCAGGAAGUUUGCGCUGGCAGCUUUUCCUUAUCCUCAUACUGGCUUGGAUCCUCAUCUACUUUUGCAUCUUCAAAGGUGUGAAAUCAACAGGAAAGGUGGUGUACUUCACUGCUCUGUUCCCGUAUGUUAUUCUGAUCGCCCUGCUGAUCAAUAACGUGCAGCUUCCUGGAGCCUUAGAUGGGAUAACCUUCUUCAUUGUGCCCGAAUGGGACAAGCUCCUCUCAGUGGAGGUGUGGGUGAACGCUGCCGCUCAGAUCUUUAACUCCAUUGGGAUUGGUUUUGGCUCCCUCCUGGCCAUGUCCAGCUACAACUCAUUCAACAACAACGUUCUGAAGGACACACUCAGCAUAUCUAUUAUCAACUCCAUCACCAGCAUCCUGGCAGGUUUUGUCAUUUUCUCGGCCUUUGGAUACAUGUCUCAUCUCCAGGGCAUUCCUAUCGACAAACUGGCAGUGGAUGGUCCAGGAUUGGUAUUUGUAGUUUACCCACAAGCCUUUGCCAAUAUGCCAGUGUCUCAGCUCUGGGCCGUGAUGUUCUUCUUCAUGCUGCUUUGCCUCGGACUGGACAGUGAGUUUGCAAUGGUCGAAGUGAUGGUGACCAGUCUCAUGGAUCAAUUCCAUAAAGAAAUGAUUAAUAUUUUCAAGAGGAAGGAACUGAUUGUUCUGGCCAUUUGUGGCGUGGCCUUGCUUCUGGGUAUCCCUUGUGUCAUGCAGGUGGGGAUCUUUGUGUUCCAGCUGAUGGACCAUUACACAGCCAUCGUCUCCAUCAUGUUUUUGGCCUUCUUUGAGAUCAUUGCCAUCUGUUGGUGUUAUGGUGUGAAUCGACUUUCAGCCAAUUUGAAGGAGAUGACCGGCAGAGAAGCAAACAUCUUUUUCAAAGUCAUCCUGAUUUUCUCCAUCAUCCAGUUCAAACCAGCGCGCUAUGAGGAUUACGUCUUCCCUCCCUGGGCUCAGGGGGUCGGCUGGGUCAUUGCACUGGCCUCCAUCAUUUGGAUUCCUCUGGGUGCCCUUCACACACUCUGGGUGCUACCUGGCUCUCUCAUGGAGAAACUGAAGCUGUCCAUCACACCGUACGCCCUGAAUGAAAAAUCAAAGAUAGCGUAUUUUGAGAGGGGAGGGAUCAACGGACAACCUGCCAUAUCCGUCAUCAAUCUACCUGAAAAGGGUCCGGUGGCAGCUUACUUUUAA